AAUAUUUACUUAUAUAUUAUAGUCUUCAUUACUUGGAAUAUAUCAAGAAAAAUUUUCACUAUCAGGCAAGAAAAGGUGCUCUAUAGUUUUGAAAACAGUGUGGGAGUUUUCAGACUAUAUAAACUGUUAUAUACAUUAGUAUCACAAUGAGAAAAGUUAUGACAAUCUUACGUAACUGCUUCGUUCUUGCUGCUAUAUUUUGCUCUUCAUCUUUCGGAUUCAAUUUGGAUCUUACUGUACGUAAUGCCAAAUUUAUGACGUCGCCAGUGCUUCAGAAUCUUGGUAAAUCGGUACCUGGAUCACCGAUACCACAACUUGACUCAAAUAUUCCACCUUCGUUUUAUGGAUACAGUAUGAAUGUUAUGCAACCAAGUAAUGGAGAUAUAAAUUCAAAAAUUUUUGUUGGUUCUCCUCGUAUGACAGAUCCGUCAAAUCCGGGGUUACAAAAAGCGAUGACAAAACCAAAAGUUGGUGAGAAACCAAAGUUCAAACCAACGGGCUCAGUGAAUUCUUGUCCGGUCAAAGCAGCCUUAUUUGCUGUAUCAUCUGUUCAUCCCACAUGCAGUCCAGCGCACCCUCCUCCACAAGUAGGAGACGGCCUGGGGGCAAGCUUAGCUGCGGCACCUGACGGACAAAUGUCGGCCUGCUCACCAGGGCGGGAACAAGAGUGUACAGCAGACAAAUACAGCCCGGGCUUUUGUUAUACUUCAAAAAAUUAUGGACGGAAUUGGAAAAUGGAUCCGCAUUCGGCAAAAGCAGAAUGUCCAGAGAAGACAGUUGAUGUUAUGUUUGUUCUUGACGGUUCUGGGUCUGUAGAAGGACAUUUUGAUAAAGUAAAAGACUGGGUGAAAAAUGUUACCAAGUUAUUGAAAUAUCAAAUGCGAAUCGGGCUCAUCCAAAUCGGCAUUGUUCAGUACUCACAUUGGUACAGCGAUGGAAGACGUCAGAAGCAUAUUAUUACAGAAGUUGAAUUAGGAAAAUAUUCAUUAUAUAAAGAUUUCGCGAAAGCUGUAAACAAAAUAAAGAUUCAUAAAUACACAACUUACACCGGCCGUGCUCUGCAAAAAGUAAAAUCAGACUUCACAGCUUCAGAAAGAUUUGGAAGUUCUAAGAAUGCACAGUUAAUGUUUCUAAUGACUGAUGGAAAAUCUAAUGACGGAGAGCUAAUCAAGCCUAACGCAGACGCACUACGUAACUUAGGAAUUACGACGUAUGCCGUUGGAGUUGGCCAAGCGGACAAAAACGAACUACGGAAAAUUGCUGGUGUAAGAGAAAGAGUUUACAGUGUUGAUAGCUUUGAUGAACUGGGAUCGCUUGUCAGUGAUUUGCAAGAAAACAUUCUCAAUUUCGUAUUAGAAGGCGGUGGUUCGUCAUCAACAGCAGAUUACAAUUUUGAGUUUGCCCAGACGGGAUUUUCAUCCACAUUUGACGAAAAUGUAAGUGUACUUACAAUAGGGUUUGUAUCGUUGCUAAAUCAAUUAAAAUAUAUGCUCGAAAUUUUAUAUUGCUAUUAUGACUUAAUAAUGUUAGAGACAAUUUAUUCUUUGUUGCCAGUAUUGGGUAUUUUUGUUCGAUUUCUAAGAAUUUGUUUGUGUAUAAUGUGGUUGAAUGUGUAUGAUGUGUGAAUAUUGCAGAAAAGCGAUGCGGGCGCGUGAUGUCGAUCUCCGAAUAACCGAUUCUACAUUUAUCGCAUAAAUAGGCAGAAGAUUUUAUCAAGGACUACAAAAUCGCACUUUGUAUAUACAAGAAUAUAUACAUAAGAUAAAUGGACGCAUUUAUAAUUGGAUAAUCUAUUAACUUAGACGGAAGAUAUUAUGUUUGGUGCGACAUCAGGUGAAAAGGUGUCGCUUUAUUCAGUAUUGGCAAAAUACAGCCUGCAUUUUUGACUACAACUAUCUAAGAACCACUAGUUGGUGCGAAUGGGCUGCGUUUUCAUUCGAAACAAAUCGUUGCAAACGCGGCAACUGAAUCAUUUGCUACGGAUCAACGCUUUGUUUUUAUAUAAUGGAUAUCCGCCAUUGUGCACCCAACAAUGCUAUCCUUGAAACUACGAAGAAAGACAAGAAUAAUGUAAGUAACAUUUUCAUGCAAUUAAUUCGUUGACUCAACCAUAUAGGAAAAUCCUAUACGUCAAAGCAAGAUCAUGCCUUUUAGAGGCCCUGAGCACAUAAGACCUUGGUACCAUAUAUAUAUAUAAUAACUGAGGUUCCAUGUUAUCUGAAAUUGAGCAGUCUCAAUAUCCAUUACUGAUUGAUGGCCAAAUUAUGAUUUUAAUUUACAUUAUAUUUUUUGGAAUAUAUCAUAUUUUUUUUUUUUAUAUUUUCUUAUGCCUACAAACAUUUAGGAUGAUAAUUGCAAAAGAAAAAUAGGCAAAUAUUUAUUGCAACCGGGCUAAUAUUGAGGUAUGGAACAUUUGACCAACUAUAAACAUUUUAUUAAAUACUGAGGUGCCAUUGAAAAUUCGACUAUGGAAAUUUCUGUCGUGUCCCCAUUUCAUGGUGCUCUAACACGUGCGUGUUUUGCCUAAUUUAAAUCCAGCCCUGACGUCUUGGAUAAUAAAGUUGUUCACACUGCACAAUCUAUGUAGGUAAGGAAGACUGUGGCAUGUAUGCAAGUAUAAAAUAUGGAUGCAACUUGAAUCAUUAUUCAGAACUCAUUAUUUAAUAAUACUGCAAGAUAAUUUAAUAACACUUACAGAGCCUUGAAUUUGAGGGCACUAGUAACAAUAUCAAAAAGCGUUUCAAUUUCUUUCCUGAAAAAAUAUUUUGAAGAAAUUCGAGAAAAAGUUUUCUAAGUCAGGUGAAAGUAUUUUAUGGUCAAAAUUAUACUUAUAUACAUAAUAUUAAUAUUUGAGCGCACAAUAAUUAGACAAAACAGUACUUCCAAAUCUAUAAGCUUUGAAAAAAAAAUGUUCUCAAAGAACCUUCAAAUUUGAAAAAACAAAAAUGACUUCAACGAAGCUUAGUCAAAUCGAUGUUUUGGUAGCUCACCAAGGAAAUAUGCAAAUUGGGUUUGAAUCACAAACUUAUUUGGUAGAAAAAGUUUACAGCUUUAUUAUUUCUAUAUCUUCGAUGCAAACAAGCAAGCCCUGAAAUUGCUAUGGUCAGCAUUGAGUCAGAUAUGAUCCAUCAUUUGACAGAAGUUCUUUGGAGGUUUAUAUGAUAAAAACAGGAAUCCCUUAUGGACUCACAGCACAAUUGAAUGCAAAUUCUAUGCGUCACGCCGUCAGUAUCAUCGGCUUUUAGAUCGUUCUCGAAGAUCUAACAAACGGGAGUCAACAAAGUAAAAAAUACUGCUCCGGACUUCUGUCCAAUUGCCCAAAACUUCGUUCGGACACAAAAUUCCGUCGUAGAUAUGUCAUCGACCAAUUAGUUUCGACGUACAGAUCUUCAAUCUUACGAUAGUUGUACGUAAACCUCAUUCCAUGCCUUCGUUUUUGUACAUAGCUAAAUUCCAUCAGAGUUUUGGAUAUAUAUUUCAGUUUCCUAGUCUACUUCCAUGCUUAGCAAUUACAUCGGGGUUUCAAGCUUAUACGUGUUUUGCCACGUGAAUUUCGAAGAACGCAAUAGCUUGUACUAUCUUAUUAUUUUUAUUGUAAAUCUGAUGAUCUAGGUUUUUACGUAUAUAUAGUGUUUUAUUAAGGUUGCUUGAAUGGCUAAGCGUAAUCCCAAUGCUCGAUUCGACCCAGAUUCCAAUAACUGUUUUAUUGCAUGAUAAACUUGAAAAAAAAUUUAGAAUAAUCAUAGUAAUCUCUCGUAGCUCAAGUAUAAAGUAUGAAAAAGAUUUUCACGAUGAAAUUUUUCAGUCAAUCAUUUAUGUUAUUUAAACUGGUAUUCUUACUACUUAAAUUGCCGCAAGAUUUCUAAAUAUCAAUACUCCACAGCUUUUAGAAAGUUACGAGAUUCACCUCUAUUGGGUCAAAGAUGAUCUGAGCAUAGCAAUGUGCGAGAUAAAUACAUCAUGCCAUGUUGUGCAUGAAUCAUCAAAAUAUUUAAAUAAAUGGGUAAGAAGCUGUUUCGAUGCCAAUUCAGCAGCCAUAUCUCUAAUGAGUCAAACGCGUGAUUCAAAUUACGUAAUUCACUUUAUAAUAGAAGGAAAACCAGAGAGACUUGCCAUACUGCAACACAGCAAUUAUGAUUCAACUUCUCAUCGAAUCCAAAAUGCAGACACUAUAAAAAAGUGGGAUGUAGGCCUAUAAAAUUGCGAGCUUUCAUAGACAAACUACUAGACCCUCUCGAAGUUUGUGUGACAUGGGUGUUUUUUGGGCAGGAAUUGCAUUUAUGUGGAUUUUUCUCGAACGAGUAGUAGCGACUCCAAUUAUUUGGUAUUUCAAUUCACGUUGAAUAUGGAAGCACGAAUCACCGCCACAGGACCUGGAAAAGCAAGGACAGUUCGGGUACUGGGUACCGGUACCCUGAUACAGGUGCUGAUCGUAGCUGUUCCAGAGUUCCAGCUUCGUUCAGGAUAUCGUAUGGUUUUUGAGUAUAUGCCUAUAAUUGAAAAUAAAUCCAAACAAAGUUUACGGAACUAAAUGAGCGAUACAAAUUUAUUUGUACCUGCUUCAAGUUAGCACAGUACGGCCUGAGAGCAAAAAUGGAGUGUGAAAAGUUUUCAUGCAUGAUAGUUUCGUUUAUUAUCGAAAAUUUUGCGAUCAAACUCGUUCUUAUCCCCUAUGUUAAACUAAUAGGCAUUGAUGAGCAAAUCUUCUAAUCUAACUCCUUUGAGCAAUGCGCCUUUUCUUACAUGUCCCCUACUUGUGAAAAAAAUAUUAUGUAUAUCAAUAUACAGAUGUAAACAAAUAUUUUAGUUUUUUUCAAAUACGAUCGAAUGAAAAGUUUUUUACAUACUCUUUACUAAUAUUUCAAUUCCUUGUGAUGAUGAACGAAAUCUCAAUCACAAUGAAUUAUUUAAAAUUCAACGAUUAUGUUAUGUUUCUACAAUAAUAAAAUCCAAUGGUUUCAGGUAAUUUUAUUGGAAGAAAAGACUUUUGGACAAAAAUCGAGAUUAUUUUCACCGCACUCAAUUCACAAAAGAUUAUAUGAAACUUAACGAUAAUGUUAGUUAUUUAAUGUAUCCAUACACCAUAACAACACUCUUCCGCAAGAUUUUAUUGCUUUUCCUUAGUUUUUAAUUAGAAAAGACUCCCUGAAAGAAUCGAGAUUAUUGUUGCAUUAAAUAAUUUGGCGCUUUAUAAAGUAACAAAUCGAUACGGUUUAAUUACUUUUUCACCUAUACGGUUAAAAAUAUUUAGUAAAUUAAAAAAAAUACUUGUAGUUGAGAAAUUGAUACAAUUCGUCUAUCAUUAGUAAAUUUUAUUUGACUAUUGAAAAGCAUACUUUUCGUACCAUAAAUGCAAUUCAGAGCAACCUUAUUGUUUAUUUCUAUCUUUUUAGUUACGUGAAAAUAACUAAUAACUUUUAUAUAUAUUUUUAUAUAAGUUUUACUAUACGCACUUUAACAAAAAAACGAACACGACGACUUUUCGAAAACGGUAUAUUGAAUCGUGCCAAUAUCAAUGCUAUGGUUUUAAUAUUACCUAACUAACCUUUAGAUAUUAUAAUACUAGUUUUUUAUGAAGUUUUUAAUAUGAAAUGCCAGUGUUAAUGAGUGGGUCGGCAAGUAUCUAGUUGAGGAUACCUAUAAAUAAAUAUAUACCCAGCUGCAAUAAUUUAUAAUAAAUACUGUAUAAUACUGGGAGCGAUAGCCUGGUUAUUAGUGCGUUAGACUUAACAACUUUAGCUACCAAGGUAAAGAUCUGGCUUCAAACAUUACCUUUGUCACUGCCUUAUCCAGAAUGUAAUAUAUACCGGUAGAAAACUUCUAAGAAAAGUUGGCGUUUGAUGUAUCAGUUUCCGCUUACGGAACGAACGCCUUGUUUAGAUUGUAAUUGAAAAAACUUCUAAAAAAUCUAUGUCUCAAAUCUAUUGUGGUAUGUACAAGUAAGUCACUUUAUUAAAUUACUGGUGUUAUGUAUCUACCCAUCUAAGUUUAUGUACAUGUGUCGAAGUGACCCGUGUUUACUAAGUUAAGUAAUUUUUACAACGCAAAUCCGGGAAACAUCCGGAUCCGGAUAGAUCAUGAUGUCGAGGACAACGGUACAAAUACUUUUGGUACUGAUCAUCUUACGAAAGACGUUUUCAUAUAAUUUGGCGCUGACAGAGAAAAUGGCAACGUUUGUUACGUCACCUGUCGUGGAACAACUAGGAGUGGCAAACAUUAGCGGUGGAAUAAAGCAACUGUCAGCUGACAUUGUUCCUUCUUAUUUUGGUUAUAGUUUUAAUAUAAUACAGAAGAGUGAUGGAACAGUCGGGUAAGAUCAACGAAACUUUGACAAAACGAUGUAAUUUGGCGUGAUAAAAUAAUAUAUACCUAAACUUAUCUUUAAUCAAUAUUUCACAGAAUGAUGAUAGGGUCACCUAAAAUGAUUAACCCAACAAAUCCAGCAUGGCAAGAUAAGACACUCGGAAUAAGUCAAG